UCCCAGAUCUGAACGGAAUCUGAGAUUUAAAAUCAUCAAAUAAAUAAACCAUUAUAUCGAUCAAUUAAUUCGAGAUAUCGAUAAUUCUGAUCAAAAUAACCGCAUUAAUACUAGAUCAAUGCAGUGUUUGACAGAUUUGACAAUUUUUCAAUAUUCCGACCCUUUGGUUUUGGAUCACUUCUCCCGUUCACUACUCGGGGUUUAUACAAGGAGAACAUGGUUGUGUAUUACCAGAGAGGUGCUAUGGAGUUGAAUUGUCGUUUUUCUAUUCACACCGGAGUUAAAUCGCUUGUCAUUUAUCAAUAAAACAAUUGUAAACGAUACACCAUAAAUAAUACCCGACGAAACAGUUAUACCGUUCUCGGACCUGGAGAGGUGUGAUAAUCUAUAGGACAGUUCGGUCCCCGCGGAUCCCCUAACCCAGAUCAGAUUUCAUAAUUUGGUGUUCUGUGGGUACAAUAGGUAACUACAACGUAUCAGAUGGCUGUCGUUUAUGAGCCUUACUCAGCGAAACUCCUAACCAAUUUUGCGAUAAACUCAGACUAUAAGGUGUAUCACAUCUAGACAGCUUGGGUGAACAAUCGGUCUAUAUUGUGGAAAUUUUACGAGCUGUAUCAAAGAAUAACUUCAAUGCCUUGGAACUGGGGGAAAAUCAGCGACCUUGACCUGGAGAUUGAGGUCAAGCGGUGUUACCGUUCCUUACUGGAGGCCCAGGAGACCAGCGAGAACUGCCUACGGGCCCACGAUGAUGUUGGGAAAGCAAUGGAGGGAAGGGCCACGCCAAGCAAAGGCUCCUCCGACAGAUGGCGCUUUAUAAACCCUAAGAACAGUUUUCCAGACAAAAUAAUGAACAAAGAACAAUUCAAUGCCUUCCGAUCUCCAUUCACCAGUCUCGAACCUACCAAAUGGAACAGCAUGCGUCCUACAGGAUCGUCCUCCUAUGACAAGGCGGUCCCUAAUGGAGACUUAGACACGUCCUACAGCCUACCCCCUGUGAGACUUCAUGACGAUAAAUCCUUCUUCAGUAACCUGUCCACAACAACCCUGGAUACUUCCAUCACGUGUGAAUUACUGACACCCGGGGGUAGAGAAAACCCAGAGGGUGCUGGUGACAGCGCUGGUCUCCUACUAGCAGUCAAACACGAACAGAUCACCGCGGUACAACAGCUUCUCAAGCAUGGCGCUCUGGUGAACGUUGCAGACGACUCCGGGAAGUCUCCGCUAAUUCAUGCCGUGGAAAACGGAUUUACUGCCAUUGCCAAAGAAUUACUCGACCAUGGCGCUUAUGUCAAUCAGCGGGACCGGAACAAAAGGACGCCUUUGAAAAUUGCAACGGAAAGUGGGAAGAAAUACUUAGUAAGCUUUCUUUUGAAGAACAGGGCUUCAGUAUACAUUCUGGAUGAGGAUAUGAAGGCCCCACUUCAUUACGCUGUGGAGAAGAAUUUCGCCGAUAUCGUAGAACUGUUACUGGAUCACGGGGCACCAGUUAAUCAGAGUGACGGGAACCAAAAAAAGCCUCUGCAUUACGCCGCAGAGCGGGGGUACCUGUCGAUCGUCGAGCUUCUACUGUCUAGGGGAGCGUCCAUUGACUGCAUGGAUAGAGACAUUAGGACACCGCUGAUCCUGGCUGUCGAGAAAGGCCUUGAAGUCAUGUCGCACACCCUGAUCUCCAGGGGCGCCAGCGUCAACGCCGCCAACCGCCGCCGCCAGACACCGCUGCAUUUUGCCGCCGGGAUUGGAUUCAUCAAUAUUGCUGAAGAACUGAUUGCAAAACGCGGAGGAGUGAACAACAGAGAUGAUGCUGGAAAAACGCCGGCGUUCUACGCCAUCAGGAACAACAACGUCAGCAUGUUGAAUGUGCUGAUUCAGCACGGCGCCCAGAUGGAGACGAGCGAUAUAGCGGGAAAAACGCUGCUUAGGUACGCUGUGGAAACCAAGUCCGAGGCAAUCAUCUAUUUAGUGGCUAAAGCCGAGCUAGACCAGUGUGGUGUAAAGAGACACGUGUACCAUCGUCAGCUUCAGACAGCGAUCCAGGAAGACUGUGACUUCCUGGGGAAGACCGUGUGGAACCACGUCAUGGACCAGUGCUCACGCAUGCCCCAAGACGCCGUGGAACAUCAGCUGAUGGCAACUACAGUCCAUCUUCUUCUUGACGCCACGUGCGCAGCCCUCUCGCGCGCCAUUAACCACGUGCUGAUCAAAAUGGAGCCACAGCUCAGAAACGACAGACUGGAGAGUCCGUAUAUCCUGGCUCACGUGAUCGUGCUCCCCCCUAGCAGACGAUUGACAUACAUGGGAUUACCCGUGGUGUACGAGGUCUCCGACUUCAAGGCGGCCUCCUCCUACUCGGUUCAGCACAGGCUCUAGAUACUAAAAACUGGAAAGAGGACAUGCAUUUCUGUAUUUGACUUUUUGUAUUAUUUAUCCAAUUUAUUUUUUAUGAGAAUACAUAUAUCUGUUUCUGUU